UCUAUGUGUGUCUUUAUGGAGUUUUAAUUUUCCAGAAAACAUUAAGAAUAAAUUAGAGAACACACUCCUGCAGCUCACAAACUAUAGCAUCUUUUGCCACUUACACCUUCCAAGGAAUCAGGUAGACUUCUGGUGUCCUCUCUGGUCCUCUUCUUCCCUUGCUUAUAGCAUGUCAGGCUUUGGACUUAAUCAGAGGAUAAUUAAGGCUCUAUCAUAACAGGUAGAGUAUCUAACGAAGUCUAAGAAGUGAUAUUUCUAUAAGGGUCUUUAGCUGACUGUAACUACUAAGCAGAGGUUAGGAAGUUGCGAUGUCAUUUAAGGUGACAUUGUGGUUACCUUUUCUCAAGCUCAGUUGUGAGCCUGGAGCUCUGUUAAGUGCUUUACAGCUAUGAGCCUAUUUAAUUCUCACAGGAAUCCUCAUUUUAAGAUAGGUUUGAUUACCCUCAGUUUACAGAUGGGGAACUUCAGUUUGAGAGAUAAGUGAUUAUUUGCAAUUAUACCCAGCAUUUGGCAUGGCUGGGAUUGGAACCAAGGGCCUUCAAUCUCCAAAGCUUUUAGGUGUAACCCCUGCCUGAUGCAUUGUACUCUCCUGUAAAGCAGCCUUUUCUCUCUGCUGCCACUAGUUCAUUUCUUUUUCCUCUCUUAAUAUGCUUCAAACAAAACAAAACCAAUAAUCUGCUCCUAAAUUGAGGUUGAUCUCCCUCCUUCCUAUCCAUUAAGUAAUGUCUUAUACUCAUGCAAAUAUCAGAUAUUCGGGAGAUAAAAUAAAUAGAACGUGCCCCUCUUCUCUUUAGCUCUAAGAAAAUUUUAAUGUUGUCAGUAGUUACUACUGUUCCACAAUCCUACUAUAUUACCUGAAAUAUGUAAUACAGGUACAGUCUUCUCAGGAAAACUCUUCUAUGCAGUGGCAUGCUGGAGCCAGGAAGGCUUGUAGACCCAGCUUGGCCAUGGAUCAGCUGUGAGACCUUGGUGAAGUCACUUUACCCUACAGGCUUUACUUCUUUUAUCACUGUAGUGUUUGAUCCAGGUCAGUUAGCAACCUGGGAGGCACAGCCUUUUUCAGGACAGGAAAUAGGGCACAUGUGCUAUCCAUUUGCAUGCACACUCUCCUUAGGCAUUUGUUGAAGGGAUGGCUAAUAUAAUAUAAACUCAGUUAAAAGCAUUACUAAAUGCUUACAUUUUGUGUUUAUUUGAUCAAUGAAUGAGUGCUAAAAUUUAGUAUGUUGUCAAUGGGGAAUUUAUUAUUUCUUUUUGCAUUAAAGGGGUCCUCAUGCUAAAGAUUAAGCAAUACUGCUUUUCGUGAACUUUUAAAGUCCCUUCCCAGGUAGAAUAUUCACAAAGCCUAUGAAUGAGUUUAACUACUUGAUUACCCAGAUUGUAGCUUUUUGAAAUCUUUCAUUACCUUACUUUCCCCCCUUCUCUGUGAGCUUUUGGACUUAGGACAAAGUAGGAACGAUCACAAGGAAAUGGAUUGACAUUUUAAAAAACUCUACUCUUUCACAGUCUUUCCUGAAGAUGUGAUGUUUUUUUGCCUUCAUGUCUCUAAGUACAGUUGGUCAGUUGUCACUCUGUCACCUUCCCCCCUAGCCCCAUAAUUCCUGUGAAACCCUGGACACCUAACUGUUUUUGCAGACCAUGAGCUCCUCUAGCCUCACUUCUUUCCUUGUCCAGCUUGUAGUACCUGGGUAAUCCCCUCACCCCUCACCACCUUCCUUGUUAGUACCCCCAGUUCCCUGAAGCUCUUGUGCUGCCCGUUUCCUCCCAGCAGCAUGCCACUUGUCUGCCCUCAUGAGCCUGUGUUCCCCUUAGAAGAAUCACAACUCUGGACUGUUAUUAUAGAUCAGUGGACUUCAACAUCUGAUAGCUUUUUCAGUGUCGCCCAUCAAUGCAUUUACCAAGUUGCUUUUUCUAUCCUUGAGGUGAUGAUAGUUCCAAAUGCUCCCCACUGUCUGCAUGGCUACAAUGGUAGUAAACAUUAAUAGAAAACUUGGUUGUGUUGGAGAAAAUGUGCUAAGGACUUUACGUGCAUUGUCUCAUCUCCAUUCAUGCUAAGGAAUCUAACUUUUCCUUCUAGCCAUCCUGCAAAUACUAGUGAGGCAUCAACUGUGUCUACACACAGUGCCUGAGGCACAGACUGUAACUGUGAUUGAGGCAGAAUGGGGACUUGCUCUCAAGAGAUCUCCAAUUCAGAGGGAUUAUGAACAGAAGUAAAUAGGUAGCAAUGACAUUGUCUGAUAAGUGCUAAUGAGGGGAGAAGUUCAGUAUGCUAUACAUGCCCCCAACCCAGACUUAGGAAUGAGGUUAAGGAAAACUUGCAGGAAGUUACAGUUAAGUGUCAAUCUAAAGGACAAGAGACUAUGAGGGAGGAGCAUUCUGGACAAAAAGAAUACCUGGUUCCUGGAAUAAUUUCAGGGUAUUGAGAGGCACCAGUAGGAAUAGAGCCAUUAUUCUCAGAUAAAUUAGAGGUCAUUUUUUUUUUGGUGUGAAUUUUGUAGACUCUCUUUUCUACCUCCUCUGUGGUCUGUGUUCUCACUUGGUCAUCAACUGGAAUCAGAAUCCACUGAGAUCCUUCUCUGUACAUAGAUCUCGUAAGACCCACUUGCUGUCAAUCUCAAUGUGAAGUUUGACUAUGCACUUGUCUAGCCGCUCUGCUGAAACAGUAUUCGACUGUUAAGGUGGGUGUAGAGGACAGUGCUUCUUCAAAAUUAUUAUAGAGAAGUUUAUAAUUACUGACUGUCUUGAUGUAGGGAUAAGGUAUUUUCAGGAGGGUCUUUCAAUAUUAAUCGCUCCUGAAAUUUUGAAUGCUUAAAUGAAGCUGCUGCUUAGCUCAAUGAUAAGUAAUAGCAGCUUCUUUUUCCAUGAAGACAUUUAGUAAAUGACAUUUUAGGUCUCAGCAAGUGUUAUACCUGCAGACACCUUGGCUGAGGAAAGCCUGAUGUGCCUCCAGUGAAGGAUUUGUAGGUCCACAUCUUUGAUGCUUCUGCAACAGAGUUAGGGAAAUAAAACAGUGGGUCAUACGUGCUCCUGAUUCAUUGCUAACAGGAAAGGGACAUGAGCCCCCAUGUACAUUUCUACCCUUCUGUUCAUGAUAAAGGCCACCUACUAUAGUCAGCAGUAGAAAUAAGAGGGGACACAAAGCAACUGAGUUGUAAAAUUUUUCAGACCACUUUGGAAGAUGGAAGCUGACAACAUCAUACAUCCAAAUUCCUCUGCAUUGUUGUCUCUAUCGUUAGAGGUGGGGAAUCGUUUACAGCAUUCUGUGGAAUCUACUUUUGAAUCCAGAUGGGUCUUAAUUAUUUUGUAUUUGGGAAAUACAUUUUAUUGGACAGUCGAGAUGUGCCAUCAUAUUAUUUAAUAUUUGGGAAUCACUGUUGCCCAUGUGGCUGAACGUCUCGAGCACAUUUAUCUUAGCAUGGCAAUGCCUGGGUGCCUCACAUCCAUGUAAGCUCAAACUAUGUUCCUUGAUUUCAUUCCUUCCUCUCUGUUUCUUUCAUCUCGAAAACUGAGUGCUGAUGCCAUUUCACACUUUUUCUUAGAAGUUUAAUGAGUUAGUAGAACUAUAACAAAAAUAAAAAUACUUUCUUUACGUUUCUGAAAAGGAAUAUUUCUAUAAAGCGUCAGUCAUUUUUCCAAGCUGUUAGUUCCUGCUGCUGAAUACGAGGAGCUGUUCUGUCAACAAGAACAAGUAAGGGGGAAUAGUAAGAGAAAGCUGUUCCAGUUUCUCUAUCUCUGCUACAAGCAGUUGGACGACGUUGUUUCAGCUGGAGAAUUUAAGAUGGCUUCUUACUCACUAUUUGCUAAAGAGACUGGACUGUUUUUAGUGUGAUAAUCUUCUGUGGGCAUGGAGAAAGAUCAUCUCCUGAUCUCAUUUUGGAGAUCAUGGAGUUAAAUCUGUAGCAAUGUCCUUUUCCUAGACUUAGGCUCUUGUCAAAAUAAUGUUUGGCCAGGUGUUAAUCUGUGUCCUGAGGGAAGUGCUGAAAUUCAUUAUUCAUCCCAUGGGAGUAGGGGUGGGAGGAGAAGGUUGUCCUUCUGGGAGGUACCAGGGCCAUAGCCUGCCUCCUGCCUUUACUGACAUGUGCCAUUUGUGAUGAGGGCAGUUGAAGUCCAUUUGAGGAAUUCUCUUGUCAGCCGGCCAACAGAGAAGCACAGAGGGAGGGAGAGGGAGGGAGAGGCAGGCAGCUUGGCAAGGCAGUCCUGGAGUGCAGUUUCCGGAGCAAGAUCACACACAGUGUUUUAGAAGCUCAGGGAAGGUGCUCAGGAACAUAAAGGGGAAGAAGGCCAGGUUUGAAAGGGUAGAUUUUCCUAUUUUUUUCCACUUUUCCCCGCUGUCUUUGAAUACUUGUCAUCCUUCGGAAAACUCAGCGUCGGAAAGAAGCUUUUGCUGACACACUGCUUUUUCUCCAGCACUAUAUUGUGGUUUUUUUGUUUUUGCUCUUUUCAUUUUUCUUUUUCUCUGAGGGUGGGAGGUGAGACAAUGAUCAAGUCAAGCUGGUUCUAUGUUAAGUUCAAGUAUGCAGAGAAGCUCAAGCCAGGACAGAACAGCUGCAGGGACAGUGACAGUGAAAGUGCCAGUGGAGAAUCCAAGGGCUUCCACCGGAGCAGCUCUCGGGAAAGGCUCAGUGAUAGUUCAGCUCCUUCCAGCUUGGGAACAGGCUACUUCUGUGACAGUGACAGUGACCAGGAAGAGAAGGCAUCAGAUGCCAGCUCUGAAAAACUCUUCAACACUGUUAUUGUAAACAAAGAUCCGGAGUUAGGUGUUGGCACGCUACCAGAACAUGACAGCCAGGAUGCAGGGCCGAUUGUCCCCAAGAUAUCGGGUUUAGAGAGAAGCCAGGAGAAGAGCCAGGACUGUGGCAAAGAGCCCAUCUUUGAGCCUGUGGCGCUUAAAGACCCCUGCCCUCAGGUCGCACAGCCGAUAACCCAGCCCCAGACGGAGCCUCAACUCCGAGCACCUUCUCCGGACCCUGACUUGGUGCAGCGCACAGAGGCCCCGCCUCAGCCCCCACCUCCGAGUGCACAGCCACCGCAGGCCCGGGAGGCCCAGCUCCAGCCCGCCCCGCAGCCUCAGGUGCAGAGGCUCUCCAGGCCACAUUCCCCCACCCAGCUGCUCCAUCAGAACCUCCCACCUGUGCAGGCCCACCCCUCCGCUCAGAGCCUCUCCCAGCCACUGUCAGCCUACAACAGCAGUAGCUUAAGCCUCAACAGUUUAAGCAGUAGCAGAAGCAGCACUCCAGCGAAGACUCAGCCUGCCCCUCCUCACAUCUCCCACCACCCCUCUGCCUCCCCGUUCCCCCUCUCCCUGCCCAAUCACAGCCCCCUGCACAGCUUCACGCCCACCCUCCAGCCCCCCGCACACUCACAUCACCCCAAUAUGUUUGCCCCUCCCACUGCUCUGCCUCCUCCACCACCACUGACAUCAGGAAGUCUGCAGGUGCCGGGACACCCGGCGGGGAGCACUUACUCAGAGCAAGACAUCUUGCGACAGGAGCUGAACACUCGUUUUCUGGCCUCUCAGAGUGCUGAUCGCGGGGCUUCCCUGGGCCCUCCGCCCUACCUGCGGACUGAGUUCCAUCAGCACCAGCACCAGCACCAGCACACGCACCAGCACACACACCAGCACACCUUCACGCCGUUCCCCCACGCCAUCCCGCCCACCGCCAUCAUGCCGACGCCAGCACCUCCCAUGUUUGACAAAUACCCUACAAAAGUUGACCCCUUCUACCGGCACAGUCUCUUCCAUUCCUACCCUCCUGCAGUGUCGGGCAUCCCCCCUAUGAUCCCACCCACUGGCCCUUUUGGUUCACUACAAGGAGCAUUUCAGCCGAAGACCUCCAACCCUAUCGAUGUCGCCGCUCGGCCUGGGACAGUCCCACACACUUUACUCCAAAAGGACCCGAGGUUGACAGAUCCUUUCAGACCUAUGUUAAGGAAACCAGGGAAGUGGUGUGCUAUGCAUGUUCACAUCGCCUGGCAGAUUUACCACCACCAACAGAAAGUCAAGAAACAGAUGCAGUCAGACCCACAUAAGCUGGACUUUGGACUGAAACCCGAGUUCCUGAGCCGCCCUCCAGGCCCCAGUCUCUUUGGAGCCAUCCACCACCCCCAUGACCUGGCACGACCUUCAACUUUGUUCUCUGCCGCUGGUGCUGCACACCCAACGGGGACCCCUUUUGGGCCACCUCCUCAUCACAGCAACUUCCUCAACCCUGCUGCCCACCUAGAGCCUUUUAAUCGGCCGUCUACAUUCACAGGCCUAGCAGCAGUUGGUGGCAAUGCCUUCGGCGGACUUGGAAAUCCUUCCGUUACACCCAACUCAGUGUUCGGCCACAAGGAUGGCCCCAGUGUGCAGAGCUUUAGCAAUCCUCACGAACCCUGGAACCGGCUGCACCGAACGCCUCCGUCGUUCCCGACCCCUCCGCCCUGGCUGAAGCCAGGGGAGCUGGAGCGCAGCGCGUCCGCUGCAGCUCAUGACAGAGAUAGAGAUGUAGAUAAACGAGACUCAUCUGUUAGUAAAGAUGACAAAGAAAGGGAAAGCGUCGAGAAGAGACACUCCAGCCACCCUUCACCAGCACCUAUCCUCCCGGUGAAUGCCCUGGGACAUAACCGCAGCUCCACUGAACAGAUCCGGGCCCAUUUGAACACUGAGGCUCGGGAGAAGGACAAACCCAAAGAGAGGGAGAGAGACCACUCGGAAUCCCGCAAGGACCUGGCCGCCGACGAGCACAAGGCGAAGGAGGGCCACCUGCCCGAGAAGGACGGGCAUGGCCACGAGGGGCGCGCCGCAGGCGAAGAGGUCAAGCAGCUGGCCCGGGUGCCAUCCCCCUACGUGCGGACCCCCGUGGUGGAGAGCGCCAGGCCCAACAGCACCUCGAGCCGGGAGGCUGAGCCACGCAAGGGUGAGCCGGCCUACGAGAACCCCAAGAAGAGCUCCGAGGUCAAGGUGAAGGAGGAGCGGAAGGAAGACCACGACCUGCCUCCGGAGGCCCCACAGACCCACCGGGCCCCAGAGCCACUGCCUCCCAACUCCUCGUCCAGCGUGCACCCGGGGCCCCUGGCCUCGAUGCCCAUGACAGUGGGGGUGACGGGCAUUCACCCCAUGAACAGCAUCAGCAGCCUGGACAGGACUCGCAUGAUGACCCCCUUCAUGGGCAUCAGCCCCCUCCCGGGUGGAGAGCGCUUUCCAUACCCAUCUUUCCACUGGGACCCCAUCCGGGACCCCCUGAGGGAUCCUUACCGAGAACUUGACAUUCACCGGAGAGACCCGCUGGGCAGGGACUUUCUGCUAAGGAACGACCCGCUUCACCGGCUAUCGACUCCCCGGCUGUACGAAGCCGACCGCUCCUUCAGGGACCGGGAGCCUCACGACUACAGCCACCAUCACCACCACCACCACCACCCGCUGUCGGUGGACCCUCGGCGGGAACACGAGCGGGGAGGCCACCUGGACGAGCGGGAGCGCUUGCACAUGCUCAGAGAGGACUACGAGCACACGCGGCUCCAUUCCGUGCACCCCGCCUCCCUGGACGGACACCUGCCCCACCCCAGCCUCAUCACCCCAGGACUCCCCAGCAUGCACUAUCCCCGCAUCAGCCCCACCGCGGGCCACCAGAACGGACUCCUCAACAAGACGCCUCCGACAGCAGCGCUGAGCGCGCCUCCCCCACUCAUCUCCACGCUGGGGGGCCGCCCGGUCUCUCCCAGGAGGACUACUCCUCUGUCUGCAGAGAUCAGGGAGAGGCCCCCUUCCCACACGCUGAAGGAUAUCGAGGCCCGAUAAGCCGAGAACAGGAGCACAAACGAGGAAGAAGAAACCCUAGGCAGACACCAGCCAGACUUUAGAGAGAGAACUCCUGCAUCGCUCACACAGACCUGGGGGGAAGCCCCACCUCUUCCCCUUGUAGAAAUGUAUAGACUCAGUGCAGAUUUUGAAAUGUUUUGUAUAUUAUAUGUUGAGAUUUUUCAGCUCUUUUAGCCCAGUCAUAUAUUCUCAUGUCUCCUACUUUUUUUUUCUCGUAUAAAACUUUGAUUUGAACCAAAACCGUGAAGAUGACAACACACACCCAUUGGAUGAUAAUUGUAGGGUGGGCGUGGGGGACAUCCACAGCAUCCAUCAUGCAAAACUCUCAGAUGAGCUGGGAAGGCCGUGUACAUAGUUAAUGUAAAAAGAGAUUGCUUCAUGAGCUAAUGGUUCAUAUAUGCAAAUGGUAAGAUGAAAGCUUUACUUUGUACAAAUGUAAAUAGAUAAAGAUUAAGUAACAUAAUACAUUAAUACUUCUUAAAAUGUGCUAUUUGCAGACUUAAUAUCAGUGAACACAGUCUGCUGAGGCGGUGUUCCCAUGUAUCAUAGACAGCUAACCCUUCAACUAUGCAAUGAAUGUUCGGGCUUUUCACAAAAGCCCGCCCAACUCAAAGGAGCCUUUUCAGACCCAUUUACAACAUACUUAAGGUCAUAUUUUCCCUGAACAAGCGCUUACAUGAUAGACUCUGUUUUCCUUGCUUGUUUUUUUUUUCAAAAGGAGAAACAUCCUAUUUUGCAAAUUGGACCCCAGGCUGGAACUUUGCAUCUAAAGUUGCUGCUUGUGGGCUUUGUGGGGAAAGUGCAGCCCCGGAGAGGUAACUGAGGACGUGAGCAACCGGUGCCAGGGAGGAUGGGAUUUGCCAGAUGCCAAAUCAGGGGACGGGUGGUGGUGUCUGACAGACACAGACCGCAUGCGAGAACCAUGCCUUAGCGUGUCCCCUUUCACACCCGUACACACUUCCUCGUUUCGUAAUGAGGUUGACUUACACCCAAACAGAUCCUGAAAGAAAGCCUCCGAGUUUUCUCAGAUGAUGGAUAUGUUUCCACUGUUUUCAAUAACCGGCCAACGGAAGGUGCACGUUUCCCAGUGUGACGCGCUGUAUUCCAGCUGGUGAUCGAGUCUGGGAGCAGCUGUAACGGGCCAACCUUGUGGAGCCAUCGCGAGUUACAGAGGGUGACAGAUGGCAGAAAAAAAGUCUCGUGUGCGAGUGUGUUUUUUGAGUUUGCAUCAAUCUUAAUGUCUCUUCAUAAUACUUUUAUAAUACAUUAAGCCUCUUGUCUACAUAUUUGGAGAGAAUAUGACUUUACUAGCAGAGAAAUACAAUAUAUCUUGUCUACUGGACUGUAAAAUAUAUGUACGAAAUAAAAUUAGUUCCAUUUGGUCUCCUAGUAUAUUAAAGUGCUAUCUGACGUUGUUAUCCUGUUUUUGCAAAAAAAAAAAAAAAGUUAACUACAGACCAUCGUUUCUAAUAAGCAGAGAUCUAUUUUAGUAGUAAACUGAAGGUUUAGUUGUGAGCUUCAGAUUUUGUGAACUCCAGAUGUUGUGCAGUGUUUUUUUUUAAAGACAACUAAAAAAAAAUUCCAAGGAAUAUGUACACUGGAACUGUAGUGGUAGCUCUCAGUAUUGUAAAGAGAUUGUUCUAUACGGACCUUUUUGCUGUUUAUCCUGUAUGUAAUAAAGUCCUUUCUAGAUCCUAUGUGAGAAGAAAAGUGAAGAAACUCAAUCUUCAGCAUGUUCUCAUCGGCGGAGCCUUCUCGUGUAAUGUAAACUGUGCCAUGUUAUUAAAAAAUGUGAACUAA